UAUCAUGGUUGGUGAAGAAGAAGGCCAACAAGGCUGUAGGAGACCCUUGGUGACAUGGACUGGCACAUUAGCCAUAAUGAUGGAAUCUAAAUUGCUGGCACUUGUGAGGAUGACACAGGACCUGGCAACCUUUAGUUCUGUGGUACCUAAGUUCACCAUUAGUCGGAGUCACCUCAAUGGCAGCUAGCAAAAAAUUACUGUUUGAGAGGAGAACUGAGAUAUGAACUUGAUACAAUAUACCAAAUGUUAAAAUGUUCAAAGAUCUCAUGUUUACUAUGAAAGAAUAGGAAUUGAAAAUACAACUUUCAAAUAGCUAGAAGGAAAAGGAAAGUAAGAGAAAUUUUAUCAUUCCAAUAAAAAAAUAAACAGGAAAGGCAGAAUAAAAAAAAAAAAAAGAACAGUGAAUAUGAAGUAUAAUACGGGAAUUAUGUCUAAAUGUAUGAGUAAUAGCAAGAAAAAGGGAUUAAUACCUAAGGAAAAAACAUGUACACUCAGCUUAGACUUGCAAAUCCAGCCAUAUCUUAUUUAUAAAACAAAAUCAAAACAUAAUGACAGAAACUUUUAAAUGAUGUAAAUGAAGAAAUUUCUACUUUUUAAAAAAAAAAAUUUUUUUUUUUAAUGACUACAGGAAUAACCCUCUGCCAGAUACUGCUGAUACAGAAAGGAUUAAGAAAAGAUUCCUUGCAGUCUGGUGAGAGAAACAGCCCAGUUAACAGAUCAGUUAUCAAUUGCUCUAUAACAAAUGACCCAAAAAUGAAGUGCCUUAAAAGAACAAGCAGUUACUUCGCUCACAGUUUUGCAGGUUGGCAGUUUGGGGUUCUUCUGGUCUGGGGCAGACUCAGCCGCUCUCGGAUGGGCUCCCUCAUGUAUCUGGAAUCAGCCACCAUGUCAGCUGGCGGGCAGAGGGUGUGAAAUCUUCUCAGCUGGAUUCUCUCUCUAAUGGUCUCUUGUCAUUUAUUAGGGUGGCCUGGGCUGUUCCCAUGGAUUCUCAGUGUUUGAAGAGCAGCAAGAGGGCAAGGAGGAGCCCUGGUGGUGCAGUGGUUAAGGGCUCAGCUGCUGAAGGAAAGUGGCUCCAAGGGAGAAGCAUGUGGACAGGCCAAGAGGCUUCACAGGGUUUAGAGUCAGGAGGUCAAGAGAGAGUGGCCUAGACACCACCACUGAGUGAUGGUACCUCCAGGCAACAGACCAAAAACUCCAUUCUGCACAGAUGGCUACGAAGGGUGAGUCUUUUGGAAGAGUCUUCUGUUAUUUAAUCAAUAGAUAUAUAUUGAGUAUCUCCUAUGGGUGGGGCUCUGUCUCACUUUCUGGGACUGCCAAAAAUAAGGCAGAUACCAUCUUUGUCCCCAAGUUAUUUACAACCCAUUUGGAAGACAAAAAUUGGAAAAUGAGCACCUCCUAUGACUCAGUGCUAUGAUGGAGGAUUACUAGGUGCUCUGAAUACAUAAAGCAGGAGCACAGACUGGGUACCUUGGAGGAGGAACCAGUCAACAGGAAGGGAGAGAACGUCUACUAGUCAGAGGGAACAGCCUGUGUGAAGCCUAAGUGGCAAAGGAGGCCUGAGAGGUGUUCAGAGUGGACAUUGUGUUUCUAGAGCUGGAGAGAUUUGAUUCAGGCCAGAGAAGAGGUUUGGGAGAAACAGCAACUCAUUAUACUCUUCUAUUCCCUCAACUCACAGUUUCCUUCCUCUUGGAUAUUGACUUCUUUAAGUGAACAUUGCAAUUCAUUUUUAAGAUAUAAUUUCCCUCCUCCCAGCCUCCUAGCCUCUCCCACAACAGUUGCCAUAUUUUUUCCUAGUGCGCUGUUUAGAUUCAAACUGGGCCCUCGGAACUGAGCGAUGUCAGCGAUGAUGUCACACAAGGGUUACUGGAAGCCUUGGUGCUCACUCAGAUCCUAACUGCUCUUUGGAGAGGUUGUGGCUCUGAGGUCUCCUGUGGGAGAGCGACUUUGGAUACCAAAUUACAAACGGUUCUGCCUAAAUCAAGGUCCCCAACUUGUGAGAAUUUGGGACAUCAUCUCUACGUGGGAGGAGGAGAAACAUCUUGCCGGUGACCAUCCUUCGUGGUUCAUCUUCACCCAGCCAGAAUGGAGCGGCAAUACAUGAGGAAGAGGCCUUUCUCUAAGGCCCGAGAGGUCUCUAUCCAAGAGGAAAAUGCCCAAGAGUCAACAACAUCCCAAGAAAAAAGUCAAAGCUCCAGGCACAGGAAGAUUCCAAAACAAUCUGAGAACUCUUCUCCUUUAUCUUCCACCGAGCAGACCUCUCAUUCCUCCAGUUACGGGGCUGCCCCAGGAAAGCGAUGGGUCAGGUGCGCAUAUUUCACCAAGGUGCGCACGGUCAAGGGGGUAGCGGUCGCCUGGCAGACCAAAACCUCCUUUGCACCCGUGGGCAAGAUGCCCCAGGUCUUUGAGGCCGAGCUCUCUGAGGAGAGCACCAUCGGCUCUGCCCCCAGUCUGGCCAACACUAAGUCCCUGGUCAGCAACCUGGAGCCCUGGCAGGAGGGGCCUCAGACCUGUACCCAGAAGCCCACUGAUCAAGGGGAGGAGCAUGGGGAGAGACCCCGCCCAACCACCCCGGAGUGGCUGGUGACCCGUGAGUGCGGCUUCCGCUGCGUGGCCUGCUGCCGUGUGUUCGAGUCCCGUGACGCCCUCGUGGCCCACGCGGAGCAUGGUGUGACUCAGGGCUUCAGCUGCCGGGUCUUCUUUGAAGAGCUGCUGGAGAGGCGGCUGCCACGCUCAGUCCAGCGAAGGCCCAGACGCUGCCACCAGCUGGCCAGGCGUUGCCUGAUGGCCGCCAAGAAGAGGGAGGUGAGGGAGAAGACAGCAGUCUGCAGGCGCCUCGAGGAACAGCUGGAGAAGCAGAGAGAAGAACUGAAGAGGCUGAGGCACCAGCUGGACAGGCUGCAGAGGCAGGAGACCAGGCUGCAGAAGGCGCAGGCGCACCACCGAGGCCAGAGGGGAAAGCGCCUGAAGACGUGCUAGAACCCCGGGACUAGGAGGAGCAGGGCCUUUGGGCUGGAAACGUGGGCCCUUCAGGAGAGACCUCCAUUCAGGUUUGUUUAACCCAGCUCCCCUGGAAGAUCAUACCCUCCUUCCACUGUGACCCCAACCCUCCCAACCCAAGCGCACAGAGAACUCCAGCCCUAAGGGGGAUCUGGAUGGAAGAAGCCCCAGAUACCUGACCGCAGACACCAGGUCCCCUCAGAGGCUCCCCUGGCCCAGGAGAGGACAGGACAGGCCUCAUCUGGAUGGUGAGAUCUUGGGACCCUAAGGAUGAGCGCAGCAUAAAUAGGGAAAGGGAAAGGGGAUUUCAGUGGGACCUGGGAGGAUUGGGGGGGGCCCU